AAUUUCUAUCUCGUUAAGAAAAGAGUUCCACUUGUUUCUCUGCAAAUCCGCCUCUCUCUCUGGGCACCAAAGUGGUCUGCAAUUUUCUGGCUUUCAAAUCUCUUUCGCCAUUUCCGGUCUACAGUUUUUCUUCCGUUUUCUCUCUCUCUCUACUACUCGGAUCUUCUUCCAUCUAUAUCUCGGAAAUGGAUAACCCAUCCGAGGAUUCCUCGGAGCAACCAAAUCAACCAAAAACCGAAUCAAAUGGGAAUGAUGACCAGCAAGUCUACUUCGUUCCCUACAGGUGGUGGAAGGAGGCACAAGACUCAACAUUAACUGAUGGGAAAAAGGGGACUUUAUACACAGCGGCACCUGCUCCGUCUUAUGGGGGGCCGAUGAAGUUAAUUAACAAUAUUUUCAAUUCAGAUGUUUCUUUUAAUUUAAAGAGAGGGGACGAUUCUUCAUCCCAAACUUGUGACAAUGGAGAAGUUGGGAUAUCCGGCCGUGAUUAUGCCUUGGUCCCGGGUGGCAUGUGGAUUCAGGCGCUCAAGUGGCACAGUGACUCUAAAACUUCAGAAAAGAACGGCAAAUGUUUUUCAGCCACAGAUGAUAUGACAGAUGUGUGUCCCUUACUGUUGAGACUUGCUUGUUUGCAAGAUGGCAGCUCUUUGGGAGUUAAGAUAAGCAAAAAGGACAAUGCAGCCGAGUCUUAUAAAAGAGCCUGUAAAAUUUUCGUCUUCGAGACAGAUCCACUGCGGAUAUGGGACUUUUCCGGGCAGACUGCUUUGUUUUUCACAAAUGGCAAAGACCCAAAGGACUCACCAAGACUGUUGGAGCAAGAUAUGCUCCUAGAGUUGCAAGUCUAUGGCUUAUCUGACUCUGUCAGAAACCGAGCAAAGAAAAAUGAAAUGGGUACACAGUAUUCUAGCGGAACUUCAUAUCUGAUGAAUGGUAGUACCAGCAGUUUCACAUCUAGUCUCAUACGAAGCCCAUGCGAAACUGGAAUAUUGGGCUUGACUGGAUUGCAAAACCUAGGGAACACCUGUUUCAUGAACAGUGCUCUCCAAUGUCUUGCACACACACCAAAGCUUGUUGAUUACUUUCUUGGCGAUUAUAAAGCAGAAAUAAAUUUCGACAACCCAUUGGGUAUGAAUGGCGAGAUUGCAUCAGCAUUUGGAGAUCUUCUGAAGCAAUUAUGGGCUCCUGGAGCAACUCCUGUGUCACCAAGAACAUUCAAGCUAAAACUUUCUCAUUUCGCUCCUCAGUUUAGUGGUUUUAGCCAACACGAUUCUCAGGAGCUCCUUGCUUUCCUGUUGGAUGGACUUCAUGAAGAUUUGAACCGUGUAAAGUGCAAACCAUAUGUUGAAGCUAAAGAUGGAGACGGUCGUCCAGAUGAAGAAGUAGCUGAUGAAUAUUGGAAGAAUCACCGGGCUCGUAAUGAUUCCAUAAUUGUUGAUGUAUGCCAGGGUCAAUAUCGCUCGAAAUUAGUCUGUCCUGAUUGCUCUAAGGUCUCCAUCACUUUCGAUCCAUUCAUGUAUUUAUCACUACCUCUACCAUCGACGUCAAUGCGGUCCAUGACUAUAUCCAUUAUGAAAGGUGAUGGCGAUAUCCAUCCAUCUGCUGUUACAGUUAAUGUCCCCAAGGAUGGGAAAUAUUCUGACCUUAUUCACAGUUUGAGCACUGCAUGCUCCUUAGGGGCUGAUGAGACAUUUUUGGUAGCUGAGGUUUACAACAGUCGUAUUUUGCGCUUUCUUGGGGAGUCAUCAUCUGAUUCAUUAUCCUUGAUCAGAGAUGGUGAUCGGCUUGUUGCUUAUCGUAUGCUGAAGAGCAGCGGAGAAGCCCCCUUGGUUGUGUUUAUUCAUCAACAGACUGAGGAACAUUAUUAUUCUGGUAAGCGCACAUCAAGUUGGAAGCCAUUUGGUAUUCCAUUUGUUGUAACUUGUAAUGUUGAAAACGGAUUCGACCUCCGCAGCCUGUAUCUAAAAUUACUUCUUCCUAACAAAGUUGUCAAUGAAGACGUUGCUGGGAAAAGUGAUACAGUUGAAAUUGGUUCUGCUGAAGUAAUUACUGAAAUGGAAGUCAGCAGUCCGCCUAGAGUAGUAGGUUUUUCAGGUAAUUCUGAUGAUGAGACAAUUGAUGCAAAUCUGGACAGCGAUUUUAUGUUUCUUUUAACUGAUGAUAGAGCAAUGAUCAGCAAGUCUGUGCUUGUUAUGGACGAGCCCCUAACUUUCACAGAGUUGCCUCGACGGGUUAAUGUGCUGGUGCGUUGGCCAGAUCAAAUGCUUGACCGGUACAAUACAGGUGCUUUUGACUCAUUACCAGAAAUUUUUAAGCCCACUUUUUUCACAAGAAGACCACAAGAGUCUAUCUCUCUCUAUAAAUGCCUUGAGGCAUUUUUGAAGGAAGAGCCUCUAGGACCAGAAGACAUGUGGUACUGUCCUGUGUGCAAAGAGCACCGCCAAGCUACUAAGAAGUUGGAUCUUUGGAGGUUGCCAGAGAUUCUGGUCAUUCAUAUGAAGAGAUUCUCGUUUAACCGUUUUCUCAAGAAUAAGUUAGAGACAUUUGUUGAUUUCCCCAUCCAUGAUCUUGAAUUGUCUUCAUAUAUUGCCAACAAAGGGGGGCAAUCUUCUUUUCGCUAUAUGCUUUAUGCAAUUAGCAAUCAUUAUGGAAGCAUGGGAGGUGGACACUACACUGCAUUUGUUCGUCAAGGGGGUGAUCAAUGGUAUGACUUUGACGACAGCUAUGUCUCACCCAUCAAUGCGGACAAGAUAAAAACAUCAGCUGCUUAUGUUCUUUUCUAUAGAAGAGUACAAGAAAAAGCCUUUUAGAAGGGAGUGAUGAACAAAACUAUAUAUCCACUAGGUGGUAGGGUCUUGUAGAGAAGAAUCCACAUUACUGCUGUUGCUGUUGCUUCGUGGCACAUAACUAGCAAUUUUGGGGCCAUUACAGAAUUUUCACUUUUUAGGAUGCUGAUCAAGGAUAACUUAAAAGGGCCAAGUAGGGAAAGAUUAUUAAUCGAGGGCAGCGCAAAAGAGGUUCACAUAAAACGCCAGCGUCUUACAUAUAUACCAUUUUUAUUUAUUUAUAGAGGAGGUAGUUUCAAAUAAGGAGGUUGCUUGCUUCAUUACCAGCUAACAGAAUAGAGGGGGUAGUUUCAAAUAGAUUCGUUAAUGCAGCUGUAAAAUAGUAUUAUCUGAAAUAAUUUAUAGUAAUUUCAUUUUAAUUAUUAUAUUUCUCUUAGAUUUUAGGUUUCUCCUCCUUAUUGUAGAGUCUCCACAGAGUGCAUGGUUGAAGUGUUCCUGGGAAACCGUGGUGACUGUUUUUGUACUUUGCCUUCAUAUUUUUUUGCAUGAUUGUCUAGUGUUAAACAGAGUAAUUACCAAGUAAAAAUUUCGUUUUGUUGACCCA